AUGGCAGGAGUAAAAGAGACCAGCGUUCCAUUUUCAAGGGACUCAUUGGAGCAAUUAUUGAAAAGAAGAUUCUUUUACGCACCUUCUUUUGAAAUCUACGGAGGAGUCGCCGGAUUGUUUGAUUUUGGCCCUCCAGGAUGUGCGUUCCAAAACAACAUCAUUGAUGCUUGGAGAAAGCAUUUCAUUUUGGAAGAAGACAUGUUGGAGGUAGAGGCAACCAUGUUGACCCCCUACGAAGUGUUUAAAACCUCAGGUCAUGUUGACAGAUUUUCGGAUUGGAUGUGCAAAGAUUUGAAAACCGGUGAGAUUUUCAGAGCUGACCACUUGGUAGAGGAGGUUUUGGAAUCAAGGUUGAAGGGAGAUAAAUUGGCAAGAGGAGAAAAUGUCAAGGAAGAAGAGGAGGACGAAAAUAAGAAAAAGAGAAAGAAGAAGGUUAAGGAAAUUAAGCAUGUGAAAUUAGACGAUAAGGUUGUUGAAGAAUAUGAAAAUGUUCUUGCUCAAAUUGAUGGAUACUCUGGUCCACAAUUGGGUGAAUUGAUUACAAAGUUUGAUAUCACCAAUCCAGGAACAGGUGGAAAGUUGGAACCACCAGUGGAAUUCAACUUGAUGUUUGAUACUGCAAUUGGACCAUCCGGUAACUUGAAAGCAUAUUUGAGACCAGAAACAGCACAGGGUCAAUUUUUGAACUUUAGCAAGUUGUUGGAAUUCAACAAUGACAAGAUGCCCUUCGCAUCCGCAUCGAUUGGGAAAUCUUUCCGUAACGAAAUUGCCCCAAGAGCAGGUUUGUUGAGAGUUCGUGAAUUUUUGAUGGCUGAGAUUGAACAUUUUGUUGAUCCAGAAGACAAAUCGCAUGCCAAGUUUGACGCAGUGAAGGAUUUGAAGUUGAAGUUCUUGCCUAAAGGAGUACAGGAAUCUGGGUCAAGUGAGCUUAUAGAGAAAACUGUUGGUGAAGCAGUCAGCUCAGGUAUGGUCGACAAUGAGACCUUGGGAUACUUUAUCGCUAGAAUAUAUUUGUUCUUGACCAAGAUUGGUACUGACCCUUCCAGAUUGAGAUUUAGGCAACACAUGUCCAACGAGAUGGCCCACUAUGCCUCGGAUUGUUGGGAUGCAGAAUUGCAAACAUCCUAUGGAUGGAUUGAGUGUGUUGGUUGUGCUGAUAGAUCAGCUUACGACUUGUCUGUGCAUUCAGCAAGAACUGGUGAAAAGCUUGUGGUGAGACAACCAUUGGCAGAACCUCGCGUUGUGGAGAAAUUUGAAAUUGAAAUUGCAAAGAAGAAGUUUGGACCAAAAUUCAGAAAAGAUGCUGGUGUUGUUGAAAAAUGGCUCUUGCAAAGGACCCAAUGUGAAUUGGAGGAUUUGGGUGAAGAGUUGAACAAGAAUGGAAAGAUUUCUGUUCAAAUCAAAGACAUUGAUGGUGUUGUUGAAUUGGAUGCUGAUCUCAUCAGCAUUUCAAAGGUAAAGAGAACUGAGCAUGUUCGAGAAUACAUUCCAAAUGUUAUCGAACCAUCUUUCGGUAUUGGGCGUAUACUUUACUCCAUUUUCGAGCACCAAUUCUGGGCCAGAGGGGACGACGCAGACAGAGGAGUUUUGUCGCUUCCACCCAUUGUUGCACCAACCAAGGUAUUGUUGGUACCAUUGUCCAACAGUGCAGAGCUUCAACCAAUAGUCAAGAGCGUUUCAAAUGUGUUGAGAAAGGAGAAGAUUCCAUUCAAAGUAGACGACUCCUCUGCUUCAAUCGGUAAGAGAUACGCCAGAAAUGAUGAGUUGGGUACCCCUUUCGGUAUCACCAUUGACUUUGAAUCUGUAAAGGAUGAAUCUGUCACUUUGAGGGAAAGAGAUUCGACAAAGCAAGUUAGAGGUUCAAUCAAGGACAUCAUUGAAGCUAUCAAGCAAAUCACCUACUCUGAGGUUUCUUGGGAAGAAGGAACUUCCAAACUCAAAGCUUUUGAGUCAUGA